AUAAGCAAACCCUAAAUGCCAAUUUUUAAUUUCUAUUAUUAUAUUAUUCUUAGGCGCAAAGCUAAGCAAAUUGAUAUAGAAAACAUAAAGUCAUUUUCUAAUAAGGGUAAAUUGGGGAAAAAAAUGAAUGAAAGGCAUUCUAGUAAUUGACUUUGUUUUUAUAGCCUGUGGAGUCCAGACAGACAAGAAAAAGACUUUAGUUUUCUCAGUUUCUUUUCCCUCGUCCAUUAAUGGAGGGAAGUUUAUAAAAUCCCUAUUUCUCUCUGUUCCUCUCUCUCUCUCUCUCUCUCUGUCCAAAGGUAAAAAGAAAAAGAAAAGAGCUACACCGCUUUCCGUUUCUGGCUCCAUUUGAAGGAAACCUGUAUUUGUUUCAAAUUUCACCUUCUUUUUCGUUUCUCUCCGCUUCUGAAAAAGGCUUCCCAACAAAAUACGCUCACACACAACUUUGUCUUCUUAAGAAGAACCCCAUUUUUGGUUUGCCAUUUUCAUAAUGGAAGAAAAGGAGAGUACGAUAUCUGGGUCACUAGGCAACUCCGACACUGACUCACCACCUGCACCAGUGAGUAGCCUGGUGUUGCCCCAGGUCAUGAACAUGGAUAUGCAUAUGAACAUCAACAUGAGCUUGGAAAGAAGCCUUGGUAGUGCAGCAACAGAGACAGCAACAGCCGGGGGAGUAGGAGCAGGAGGAGCAACAAUAACUACAGCAACAGCAAUUCCAGGAUCAGGUGGAGGAACACUAGGGAGUCCUGGAAGUGGACUUACGCUUGAUUCUUUAGGAAAGAAAAAGAGAGGGAGGCCAAGAAAAUAUGAUGCAGAUGGGAACCUUAGGUUACCAUAUCAACUAGUGACAACUUCACCUCCUGGCUUCACUUUAUCUCCUUCUUCUCCUACUGAGUUCUCCUCUUCCAAGAGAGGUAGAGGUAGGCCUCCUGGUUCUGGCAACUGGCAGCUUGUUGCUUCUCUAGGUGAGUUGUUUGCCAACACGGCUGGAGGGGACUUCACGCCACAUGUGGUCACAGUUAAUACUGGGGAGGAUGUUGCAGGAAAAAUUCUUUCAUUUUCUGAAAAGGGUCCUCGUGGGAUUUGUAUUCUGUCAGCAAAUGGAGCUGUUUCUAAUGUCACUAUUCGGCAACCUGGUUCUUCUGGUGGGAUUUUAACAUAUGAGGGUCGCUUUGAGAUAUUGUCCUUAACUGGUUCAUUUACAGUCAGUGACACUGGUGGUGUAAAAAAUAGAACUGGUGGGUUGAGUGUUUCAUUGGCUGGCCCAGAUGGUCGAGUAAUAGGUGGUGGACUUGCUGGUAUAUUGGUGGCUGCUAGCCCUAUACAAAUUGUGGUAGGAAGCUUCAUGCCAAAUGGUUAUAAAGUGCAUAAAAGGAAGCACCAUCGCGAGCACACGGUGGCUUCCACGGUUGCUGGUGCUCCUUCAGCCACGGUGACAGCAGCAAGGGUAAUCGCAGAAGGAAAACCUGGUGGUGAGAACUGUAUGACACCAGCAUCCCCCUUUCCAGGGGAAAACCUUGGGGAAGCAGAUAAUAACACAAUUAAUAAAAAUAUAGCAAAUGCUGCACUCUCUCUUGUUGCUGGUUGGAAUAAUGGCUCAGAACCCACAUCAAUCCAUCGGCCAUACCCUGAUAUUAACGUGUCUGUGCCUAGUGAAUAAGGUGUCCAAGGUUUACUUUUUAGAGUCUUGGAGGCUUGACAUGAUAAUUAAACUCAUCGAAACUAAUUUUAUUCACAUUAUCAUUUGUAACAAUUAGAUUUAGUGAGAAGCAAAAUUUUCUGCAAUGUGUGUCUGAUGUCUGAUAGGCAGAUGGAACUUUUCUUUUUUCCUUUUGGUGGAGGUCAGAGAGCUAGGUUGUUAGAGCAUGUUUAUCUACAGAAGGACUGAUACUCAACUUCACUAGAUGUAGACGGAUUCAUGAUCAAUUACUUUGUGUUGGUAAUAUUUUUAUUGUUGUUCACUGUUGCAUGCAUUUUUAUUUUAUAAAAAUAUAUAUGCAGGUUGAGGUAUAUAGUGCUGCAUUGUAAUGAGAUUCUUUUUUUUUUUUUUUGGGGCCAAAGCAUUGUAAUGUGCUUUUCCCAUAAAAGGUUUGCCUUCAAAUUAUGAUCAAAUUUGCCAUUAUAUUAUAGACCAU